AUGAGGACAAGUACCAUGAGAAUGGGAUCACAGGCACAGGGCUAUGGGGAUGUGGCCAUGGGGACAGGUGCUCCCAGACCCUCGGCCUCGCUGAGCACCCAGCUCCUGGUGGAGCCCCCCUGGACGCCGGCGGUGCUGUGGGACCGGGUGACACUGACCUGCCAGUGCUCGGGGACCGCCGGUGCCUGGUACAAGAACUUGCAGCGCUGGGGGCAGGAGGGACAUGACAGCUUCAGUGUCACCGAGAACGGCACCUACCAGUGUGAGAGACCCGGCAGUGGGAUCAGCCUCUCUGUGAUGGUGUCAAAUGAGCCGCUGGUGCUGCAGGCGCCAGCACGGGCACUGCUGGAGGGGGACACGGUGACACUGCGCUGCCGGGGCUGGCAGGACAACCCUGUCACCAAGGUGCGAUUUUAUAAGGACGAGCGGGAUCUGGGGGAGUCCCUCGGGGGUACCGAGCUGUCCCUCUCCCACCUGGAGCUGCACAACAGCGGCCGAUACCGCUGCGGGGGCUUGGUGGCCUCAGGAAUUUCACUGUCAGCACCGGUGACAGUGACAGUACACGGUGAGUACCCCCACGGCUGGAGCCCCCAAUAUCCUGACACCCCCAAAGCCCCUUCUCAGUGGACUCAGUCACAGUCCCCACCCCCAUCUCCUUCCCAGAGCUCUUCACGGUGCCGCUGCUGGAGGUCGGUGGGGGCCCCGCAGGGGUCCCCGCAGCUCCUGGUGCCCGCCGUGGGGGUCUCCCACUCGGGGAAUUACAGCUGCGAGGUGCGCUCCGAGGGGGGGGGGGCCGUGCGGAAGAGCAGCGCCCGGCUCGGCGUCACGGUGCGCAGUCCCACCACCCUUUUCUGGGUCACCAUAAUCUUCCCUUCAACCCUUUCCAUAUGUCCCCUCCCCGGUCUCUGA